AUGGCUCAGCAGUCCAGUUCUAAGAAGCUGCUCACAUCCCUGAAAUUCUGGUUGUCGCAAACGCUGCCCUCGAGGAGUGAAUUGAAAGGAAGGAUAAGCGACGAAGGAGGAGUUGUUGUAGAAUUGGAAAAAAACGCCGAUUACUGCUUAGUCGAUCCACAUAAGAAGAAUACAUACUUUUCCCCAUGCACCCAUGACUACAGAUUUGUCCUAGACUCUCUACAAGCCAACGAGCUUCAGGAUCCUGGUGAUUACGAAAGUGCUGUCCACAGUCAUACAGAUAGACCUGCCCCUAAGACUACGAAAACUCCUUUUACCGCAGCUGAUGAUCAGAUUCUGUACGAUUGGAUUACACCUUUUCGUGAGAAUGGAGGAGGCUUCUCUGGUCAAAACAUCUACAAGCAACUUGCUCGCAUACACCCGCAUCAUUCUUACCAUAGCUGGAGAGGCAGGUACUUACACCAUGUCCAGUAUGCAACUAACAUGAAGGUCACUGAAGAUGCCGACCCUGCUUUAGACCUUGCGAGUGAAGUCCCCAUCGAUGAACAAGGAAGAGCCACGAAGAGGAGACGGUUGGAUGACGUCGAGCUCGACCAUCAGGUACAAGAUACAGAUGCGCAGUCCGAGCAGGCAGACGAAAAUACAGUACUAGACAAUCAAGGUACCGAACUCGAGCCACGAGACACCAAGCAAGCAGAAUUGCUCCUAACAAAACACAUCAGAGCAGCAGCGCAAACGUAUGGCUUUUCAAUAAAUGACUCUCAGAACUUGUACAGAGCUGUGCCUUUUCUGCUCCUCCGAAAUUCUGCCGAAUUGGCACAAGACUGGGAGAAACUGGAAGCUCUCCGGAAGCGUCACCUAGCUCGUGAAUGGCAAGCCUACUAUGAACAAGUUAUUCUGCCGCAGUACAAGCGCCAAAAUAAAUUAUAUACAGGUCAGCAACUUCAGAAGCACAUGCACAACACUAAGCUUCAUGAGGAGAAAAUAAAGCCUACCUUCAACGACGAAGAGUUGUUGCCUGGUCUUUACACACGCAAGCAGCAGGAAUAUGAACCUGAGAUCGAGAGGGCUCAUGCAGAGACAGUGCAGAUCGGCAUAGUUGACGCUCCAGACGAGGAGUAUGCUAUGUUCUUCCCAGCGGAAGUGUCGGAUUUCAGAUCAAUGGACCCGCCAAUUGAAGUACAUGCAAACGAAGGUAGAAAGCGUAGCCAACAGACAAAUUCCACACAGAGCACAUCGCAACCUUCGCAAGCAGUUCAGGUCACUAUGACCACACUCAGCCCCAAGAAGAAGCUCUUUGGGCACAGGCUCGACCAGAGCCCGCCCACUUCCCAGCCCGUUUCCCAGCUUCAGACUCAACUCGAUUACCAUGUCACUUACACACAAACAAGCUCUAACAAGCAAUCUUCUACAAACGCUUCUACGGGAAGUGCAAAUGCUACAACAAACUCAAUUCCUUCAUCUACAGCACAAAAGCCUCCCGUUUCAUUUCAGCUGCCACCAAAAAGUGCAUCCACAUCUCAAGAAUCUAUGGCUUUCGAGACCGCCUUACAAAACCAACCUGAAAUGUCGAAGAACGUGCAUCUCGAUGGGGGUGGAAUCGGCGAAUGGGAUCAAGAGGAAGACAAGGCGCGGCAUGAGGGCAGCCUACUGCUAGACCUUUUGGAGGAUGACGAGCUGGAUCAAAAUCAGAAGAUUAGCAUCGGAGGAUCGCCAUCUGAUUCAGAGUCAAGUUUUCUUGGAUUCGACGUCACACCUCAACAAAGUCAAACGAGGAGAACUGCGACUCCUGCUCAAGGCACCAUCCCUAGAAACAACUUCACAGAGAUGGAGGACGAAGUCGACAGCUAUGAAACUGAAGAUGAACAAGAGGGUUACUUUCCGAAGAUGCCUGCCAGUCAAGAUCAGUUGUCGUCACGAAACGACAAGGCUGCGGAAGCCAUCACAGCCACGGACAGAGCCACGGAGUUGGAAGUAGUAAGCGACCCACAAGCAUACGCUGUGCAGCACGAACAGAACAGUACAAGCAAGGACGUUGCUAAGCGCAUCGAGACCCAAGCUCUGUUUGAAUGUGCUCCGGUGGAUGAAGAACAUACUGAGCUCGACCUGCCUUCCCCUGAGGGAGGCUGGGAAACAUUGGGCUUAGACGUGACCAUGAUCGAUGCUGAGGCCGAAGCUGAGGCUCAACAAACUAGUCAAGAUACUGCCUUGCAAUCAGUCGAGCCUCUUGACGAGCUCCCAGUUACACGAAGCAAGUCGCCUGCUAUAUCAGAGAGGACUAUUGACUCAGAUCCGCCUGAUGGAAGCCUGGACGAUGAUGCCGCUACAAGAGCUCAACUUCGUAAUGUCUAUGAUGGCUCAUCUGACGAAACUGCUGAGUCGAGCUCUGAGGAGGAACCACAGGCUGUACAUGCGCCAGCACCUACUCGACUACGAACAGCUCCUAAUCCACCUCAGCCAUCUGCUCACUCAAACCCACCGAACCAUAGAAGUGGUCCUAUCAACGAGAUAUCCGCGCACAACAACAGAGAAGAAUCUCUCUGGCCAACCGACAUCGCCCUACCCGACGAACUCCAAGCCUGGGAAGCACAACAAUUCCAAAAAUACCCAUCCCUACCUCCCAAUACCCUCCUCCGCCUCGCAAGCACAACACUCCAAUCAACACUCAACAACACCACCGCCUCCUCCCUCCUCCUCUCACAAAUCGUCGCUUCCUACAACGUCUGGGAACUCAACCGCAAAAACCGCAACAAGGCCUGCGGUCUAAAGUAUAAACCGCGAAUGCCAACUGCUGAAGAGGCGAAAACGUUCCUGCCGGAUGAUUUUGGUGGGGUAUGGACGCCUGCUGACGAUAAUGCGUUGAUGAGUGGGACGGAGGCUGGGAUUGGGCUUGUUGAGCGGAAGCAUACGAGGGCGGGGGUGCAGCGGAGACGGAGGUUCCUCUUGCAUCGCUAG